GUGAAAGGGGAAAUUCGAAAAAAAGGCUUGUGUCGAGUAAAUGACCCCUAUGUCACCCCUUUCGGCGUCGAGCUCAUUUUUUGGAUUUAGCUUGCUCGACGGCUAACGCGAGUCUACCUACGGCGCGGGCCGCAUUUGGAGUGUGGUGACAUCGAUAAUUAGUGUCGUACAAUGUGUGAUCUGUGGCUGGGAGGCGGUGGGAGAGCACUCGCCGUUUUGAUUUAGUUUCUUGGGUACGCUGUUGUUGCGUCACGGCCGUCGUGAUCCUUUUGGGACAGUCUCGUGCACGUGGUUGCUUGCACUCCCUCUGGACGUGCCGUGGAGCAAGAAGCCCGUUGCGCCGACGUCUCGGGGCGCUUAAACGCCCCCCCCCCUCCCCCGGAACUGCAACCCCAUGUGACAUCCAAUCCGGCAAAUAAUAAUGAAAAAAAAAUGAAGAACAAAAGAAGCACACCCCUCUCUCGCCCCUCCCCCGUAUGUAGCGAUUCGCACGCCGGCGGGAGAGGAGAGAGUGGGGCCCUCCCUGGCGCGGGGCUCCCCGGCUCCCCGCGGCACCGCGUUGAUCCCACCAGGCCCCACCCUGUGCCCCGGCCGGGCCCGCGGGGGGGCCGGCCCCUGCCGCGGCCCCUGCGGCUCUUCAGUUUGUGUUGGUGUCUGCUGCGCGCAGGUCAGGUCCGGGGCGGACCAGUGUUGUGUUGCGCGCCGCGGCUGCACGACCAGGAGUACGUCGAGCUGCAGCAGCACGGCGCGGCCGCCAUGGAGGUGACGCGGUGCCUGACGUGCCUGGCGCUGCUCCUGAGCGUGACAAGCACGUCGGCAGAGCCGCAGCUGUUCGGGCUGCUGAGAGACAAGCUGCCCCCCGUCUUACCGACGAGAUCGACCUCGACGACAGCCGCGCCGGAGAUCUCGUCGACAACACCCUCAACGACGACGACGUCAUCCCCGGCAGGAGACUCGAACCCCGCCGCCAACGUGCAACACCUCCAGGCGCUGCAGGCCCUCCACGACAUCCAGAGCAUCCACGCCCUCCAGAACCUCCAAGCUCUACAGAAUAUACAGAACCUCCAGAACCUGCAGACGGCCGUGGAGAGGGCCAAGAGAUCCGGGAACAUCCUUCAGCUGCUCGGUGGUGCCAGCGGCAGCAGCAGCGGCAGCAGCAGCGGCGGCGGCGGCCCCACUGCGGACGCCCCGUACCCAGCGUCCUUAGGCAGUGCGGCGCCCGCGUAUGGCGCCCCCGCCCCUGCCCCCGCCCCCGCUGCCCUCGGUGGCGGAGGAGGCCUUCUUGGAGGAAGGGGCAUCCUGAGCGCGAUCCUGGGCAGCUCGAGCAGCAACUCGGCCACCGCCGGGGUGGCCGUCGACGGCAAGGGCCCCACCUACGGUAACUACAUCGGCAUGGGAGCAGGGCUCCCCAUGGUGUACGGCCAGAGGAGCUUCGACUUCCAGUCCUUCAGGCAGUCGCUCCUGGGAGUCCUUAUGCAGGCCGUCAGGGCUAUAACUGGUGGGGUCAUCGCCCUCAAGGGGCAACUGGUGCGGGUCAAAGGUCAGCUUUUGUCGGCUAAGGGUAACAUCAUAUCUGCAUCGGGAGAGGCGCUUAGCCAGUUUGGCCGAAACAUCGCUUCCAACGCUCUUCGCCCAAAGCCGCCAGAACCUCCAGGUCAGAGUUAAACGAAUUGAAAGGCACGAAACCUUCGACCUUGUGACACAUCUAUUCAAACUACCGUUCCGCACAAUCCACAACAAUGAUCACUGUGCCUAAACAAUUUAAUUUUUAAUAACGUACGUCAUUAUGAAAGACUAUCA